AUGGUAAGAACGUGCAACGUUACCCAUUGCACUGAUUAUAACACUUGCCGGCUGUCCGCGGACAGUCGCACCUGCAAAUGCGCACCCGGGUAUUACGGAGAUCUGUGUGAUAAAGUUGCAACUUCGCUUGUUACGUGUGGCAAAGACUACAUGACCAUUAUGGUGAUCGAGGACUUCUUUAAUUAUUACAACGUGAAGAUGGAGUCCCUUCACCUUGGAAACAAGACCUGCCGUGCGCGACAAGAGACUGUCGAUGGCGUCUCUUACUACAUAGUACGAACGUCAAAGCAGCAAUACGCUUACUGCGGAGGAAAGCCCUUGCAAAACAACAUCACUCAUGUCGAGUACGCCCUGACGUUGGUGUCCUCUCCUGAGGUUGAAGGGUACAUCCUGAGGGACCCGACAAUUCGAAUCGAGUACAAAUGCGUUUACCCCUACAUCCGACACAUUAGUCUGCCCUUUCCCAUCAUUCCUUUGUCAAGCGAAGUGCUGAUGUGGGUGAACGAGGUGGAGGCCACCGUUGAGAUGCUGCUGUAUACAGAUGAGACCUACAGUGAGGCUUUCUCCAGCGCCCCGGUGCUGCACCUCCGAGAUAAAGUGUACGUGGAGCUGCGGGUCACGGAGCCAGAGGACUACUUCCACCUCGGCAUCAACGAGUGCUGGGCCACCCAGUCCCCCACACCCAACAAGACCGAGGGCUCCUCAUACACCCUGCUUCUCAACGGGUGCAUCAAAGAUGACACAGUCCAAUUCCUGAAUGGGACGGGGCUGCCAGAGGGCCAGAACAGCUCCGUGGUCCGGUACAGUUUCGACAUGUUCCGCUUCGUCAUCCAGCCGCACGACCUCUACCUGCACUGUACUGUGCGGCUGUGUCCGCCUGAGGAGUUCGAGCUCUGUGUCCCUGAGUGUAAAGCCAUUACCAAACGGGAGGUGGUGACCGAAGACCAGGUGGAAGGACUGCUAACAUACGGACCAAUCAGACUGGAAUCUCCAAACAGACCAGAAUCUAAUGUGUUGCUGACCCUGGCACUUCCUGUGAGUGGGAUAUGGGUCAUGGGCAUCUUCCUGUUCAUUCUGGUGGCCUUUGCCAAGGGCAGUAACAAGCGAAUGGCAAGACUUUCAAGCAACUGACUCCUGCAGCCAAAUAAAUUUUACAAUAUUAUACAUCCACUUUUCCUUUUGGUCAAGUAACAAUACCGCAGUAAAGAUCCUCUGUAUUUAAGGGGGGGAAAAACAACU